AUGACCGGCGUUGAAAUCCUUUGCGGACUUACCGUGCUUCUUCUUCUAUUUUAUUAUUACAUGGUGAGGCCGUAUGAAGUCUGGAAGAAAAUUGGAUUACCUGGACCCACUCCAAGUUUGAUUUUUGGUAAUUUUUACCCUGUACUAAUUGGAAAAACAUCGAUCGGCGAUCAGAUGACCAAGUUUUACAAGCAGUUCAAACACCUACCCAUAUUUGGAUUGUAUAUACGGGGACAUCACGUGCUAGCUGUAAAUGAUCCCAACGUAAUCAAGACAGUCCUUAUCAAGGACUUUUCGAAAUUCGCAGAUCGUGGAAUUGCUUUGAACGAAGUGGCGGAACCGCUUUCUCAACACCUGUUCGCUCUAGAACCUAAAAGAUGGCGACCUCUGAGAACAAGACUGACACCACUGUUUACAUCGGGUAAAAUAAAGGAUAUGCUUGCUCUUAUCCUUGAGAGCUCGAAAACCCUUGAAAAAUAUUUAGAGACAUUAGUGGAGAAAGAAACGUCGGUCGAAGUACGAGAAAUUGCAGCCAAAUUCACCACCGAUGUAAUCGGUAGUUGUGCAUUUGGCAUCGAUAUGAACGCUAUAUCGAAUGAGCAAUGCCAAUUCCGUGAAAUAGGAAGAGAAUUUUUCGGUCCUGGCUGGAAACAGGGACUCAGGUUGAGAAUGAGAGAAGCAUUUCCAAGACUCUACACACUUCUGGGCUAUCUACUACCAGAAGAUCAAAUGACUACCUUCUUUACAAAAGUUGUCAUGGAUAUGAUCGAAUAUAGGAAAGAGAAUAAUGUCGUUAGACCAGAUUUCAUUAACACAUUAAUGGACAUUCAGGCACAUCCUGAAAAAAUAAAUAUCGAAUUAACGAAACAUUUGUUGGUUGCUCAAGCGUUCGUCUUUUUCGUAGCUGGCUUUGAAACGUCAGCGUCAACAAUAUCCAAUGCUCUUUAUGAAUUAGCACAGAAUCAGGAUACACAGGACAAGCUACGAAACGAAAUUAGGGAGCAUUACAAGCGAAACGAAGGAGAAUGGAAAUAUGAAAAUAUCAAGGAUAUGCCAUGCUUAGAUGCCGUGUUUAAAGAAACCUUAAGGAAAUACCCACCGGUGACAGUUAUUAUGAGGAAAAAUAGUGAACCCUAUACUUUUGAAGAUGUAAACAUUACAAUACCAAAAAAUACGAGAAUAUUUAUUCCGGUAUACGGCAUACAUCGCGAUCCUGAGAUUUAUCCAAAUCCUGAUGUGUUUGAUAUUGACCGAUUUAAAGAAGAUGCAGUAGCGACAAGGCAUCCUAUGCAUUAUUUGCCUUUUGGCGAUGGACCAAGAAAUUGUAUCGGUGCACGUUUCGCAAUUUUCCAAACGAAAAUUGGACUGAUUAAGAUUCUUCGUAACUAUAAGCUUGAUGUUUGUGAACAAACACAAAUUCCAUUCAUAAAUGAACCACGCACGUUCACGUUGGCACCGAAACACGGGCUUAUUCUGAAAAUAACCAAAACAGGAAGUUGA